AUGGAGUGUAUGCGAGAGAAGUUUUCCGGCGGUGCCCUUCUCAAUGGCCGCUACCAAACAAUUUCCCCUCUGAACCAUGGUUCCUUCGGUAUGGUGUUUGUCGCGCAGGAUCUUGUCACCAAUGAAUCCGUCGCAAUCAAGUGCAUGACCAAGCGGUCAGCCUCCUUCGACGGCACUGCGGAUUUGGCUGUGGAUGAGAAGUCCGAGGAGUAUGCUCUCCAUACUCUUCUCGGUCAGCAUCCUCACAUUGUCAAUAUCCUAGACACCUUUGAGACCGACGCUCACGUUUACCUCGUUUUGGAGUACUGUUCGCAGGGAGACCUUUACGAAGCAAUUCGCAAUGGCCAAGGCCCUCUGGAGACCGAGCAUGUCCGCCAAUUCAUGCUGGAGCUUGUUGAUGCUGUUUCCUACAUGCACUCCAAGGGUGUAUACCAUCGCGAUAUCAAGCCGGAGAACAUUUUCUUGACACAGGCAGGUGCGAUGAAGCUUGGUGAUUUCGGAUUGGCCACCACUGACAAGUGGUCAUACGAGAUGACUGUUGGCAGCGAUCGUUACAUGGCUCCAGAGCAAUUCGAUUCAGCUGGGGCUGGUUACUCGCCCGCUGAGGCGGACGUCUGGGCUAUUGGAAUCUGCUUGCUCAACAUUCUGUUCUCCCGCAAUCCCUUCACUACACCUACCGAGUCUGACCCGCUCUUCCUUGAUUUCUCUCGCGACAAGCAGAGUCUCUUUGAUGUCUUUCCAUCCAUGUCACAGGACACCUAUGAGGUGAUCGUCCAGUGCAUGAACAUGGACCCUCGACGCCGAUCCCUUGUCGGAGCCCGUGAUGCUCUCAUGCGCGUUGUUAGCUUCACUGCUCAGGAUGAGAUUUUGGAUGACUUCUGCACUGCUGAGAAGGGAUGCAUUGCUUCUGCGAACCGCGAGCCGCUUCGCACUCCCUCGAUUCAGAGCCCUCAAGUGGAUGACGCUGGCGCUUUCCCCUGGACCAAGGCUCUCCAUGUUCCCUCUCGUCAUGCUCGUCAACUCAGCGCUAUUCCCGAUGACGAGAGCUACUCUGAGGACCUGUUUUCCACCUCUGAAGAGACUAUUGAUUGGUGCUCUGCUGCUACUCAGACCCCUUCAAUGUCAUCCAUGCUCACCUCGAGCCUUGGCCUUUCCAUGAAGUCUUUGGCCAUUGACCCGCAGAAGCGCCGAUCCAAGGUAUCACCAGCGGCAGGAUCGUUGCCCAUUCAAAUGACAAAGCCUCCCAUGCUCUCUCUCGCUACCGUCUUUGGCAACCGAGACACUGUCUCUAAGAGCUGGAGUGACAUGUGGGACGAAGACGAGGAGGAAGAGGAGCAGGAGCGUGUCAGGCAAGUGCAGGCACUGAAGGAGCUGAAUUCGCGAACCUGGAGCCAGGAGAGCAAGGGUGAGACGAUGAAGGCUGAGGAGGAACACGCAAUUGGGCCUCUUGGCAUUCAGGGCAAUAUUGACGACGACGAUUUGGCUGACGGCUUCUUCUUCCAAGAGGCGCCAGCUGUUCAGCGUCAUGUCCCGGAGAUGCCACGAUAUUCCCCUCCUCCGAAGCGAAGCGCUCUCGACAAAUGGGCUGCUUUGGGUGAAAGACGACGUGGACAGAAUGCGACAUACAACAUUAAGAAGGAGAAGGUGUCAGAUAUGAAGACACCUCGGUAUUUGGAAUUUGGAAUUAAGUCUUAUGAAGCGGGCGUUUUGGAACAACAUAAUUAUCAUCAUCAUCACAAUAACAAACAACAACCACAAUCACAUUCGGGGAAGGAGCGGAUCAAGGAAUGCCCAUGGAACAAGGGCAGAGAUUGGAACUGGCGUCGUGAUCGACGCACCGAUCUUGGAGAUGUUGAGUGGGUUGGUGGUUGGUAA